AUGCAAAUUUCGCAAUAUUAAAACAAUUUAUAAAUUGAUUUAACUAUUUAUACCAUAAUUCCUUAGACUAAAAAUGUCUCAUAUCCAAUGAAUUUAAUUCUUGAUAUGUAGUUUAAUAUAAUUUUUUCAUAAUUACAGUAAAAUUCCUAAUUAUAGCAAUUACUCAUUAAUCACAUUAAUCAAUAACGAAUUUGUUGCUUUUCAGAAUAACUCUUACAUAUAAAUUGUAUAUAGCGACUUAAAUAAUAAAUAUAAUUUAAGCAAUUCAAAUCUAAACUUGAGUGA